AUGGAAAGCCGAUCAAAUUACUCCCCUGAUUACGUUGGACUUUCCAAAGCAACGAUUAGCCCUGCCUCGUCAAAACGCGCCAGGCGCCUCCCCGUGGCUCGGCUCCGCCGCCGCCGCCGCCGCCGCUUCCCAACUCCAGGACACCACGCCAGGGCGGCCAGGCGCCCGGACCCCCGCGCGCCGCCCGCGAGCCACCGGACGCCGGCGCCACGCCAACGCCAGGACGCCGCGCGGCACGCCGGCGUCGCCCCGCACUGCUCCUCCCGGACGCCGCGCGGCACGCCCGCGCCCCCACCUGCCGUUGGCGGCGCACUCCUCCUCCCGGACGCGGUCCGUGCGCCACCUGCCGGCAUCUGGACGCUGACGCCGCACGCCGCGGCUCGCACGCCCCGGCCGCCCGGAUGCCGCCACCACGCGCCCCCGCCAACGGCGGCAUGGCGCCUCGGACGCCUGCGCCGCACAACGACCCCUCCGUUCCUGCCACAGCCACCAUGCCACUCGACGACACCAAGCAGCUCGACGACCUGCUCGACUGCAGCCGGGCACGGCCCUAUGGCCAAGCGGGAGAGGGCCGCUCGGUGGUCUCCUCCAAGUUCGGCCACCGCAGAUCGCCCCCACCCCGGCGCGCCCCCGACGCAAUCAGAUCAUGAACCGGCCUCCCAAGCCGUCCUCCUCACCACGGCUCACCUCCACACCCCCGGCCCCGUGGAUCGCCCCCACUGGCCACCAGCAGUGCCGGCCCCGUGCACUGCCAUCCCGACCCAACCAGAUCAGAAGCCGGCGUCGUUCCAGGUGAGCUUGGCAACUGGCAAGCAACGCGCGAUGCAAACCGGGAAGAUUGGCGUUGGUCCCUGUGUGGGAGAAUGGGCUUGCGCCACCAUCGGUGAAGGUUUCGUCACAUGCAGGUGUAAGGAAUCAAGAUGCUAGGGUGCAGCCGAAGCCUGAAGCACAGGACGUUGCUGAGCCGGACUUUCUAGCAGAAGGUCAAGAGGUCUCUGCAACAACAAACAUCACAACAUUGGCUAUCCUCAACUUCUCAAUUUCAGAAAUAUCUCUCGUGCAGGGUUGUCUGAUUUAUAUUUAUAUUUUGCAUAUUUGCAGUAUAAAAGCUACCCGCAUACUCCUAGAUAGUAGACUUCUAAAUUGGUUGUAAUACAAUAUCAAUUGGAGCUUAUUGGUUUAGCGACAUUCAUGUGUACCACUACAGAUAAGAUCCUCACCAUUAUUCCUGAAGACGAGCAUCCGGUUCAAGAAUGUAGGUAGCAGCGCAUUCCUGCGGACAUUGUGCGUUGAUUGCUAGAGAUGGAGGAUACGGCUGAGGAUGCGACAGACCGUGCUUGUCAAUGUACCUGCAAGAUAACUUUGGGAUUGCUUAUUACCAUCGCUGCGGCAAGCACCGUUGGAUACCAAGGUAGGACCAGAUGCUUCUCUUGGUAGCAAGACAUUACUGGUUUGAUUUAUUUGUACGGUGAAAAAUCUUCUACUAAUUGGAAUUGCACAUAAGAUCUCACAGAUGAAAGCUAUAAGUUUCUGAACAAUUAUUUGUUCACUAUCUUGUAGAAGUUCACUAUCAGAAACGUAAAAGGUCCACCAGAUUUCUUUUUAAAAACAACUUUACAGGUUCUCAGUUUUAGCGAUUGAGUAGGCAUUUUUUCUUAUAUAUGCAGCCAACGCUUUCUGAAAGUGUAGAUAUUUCCACACCCGGAAAAAUCUUUUGAACGGCUUCUGCUGCCACUGAAGUACAGAUCACUAUUGAUUUGUUGCGUAACAAAUGAAUAGCUCCUCAAUGUUCAACAACAUAGAUUUGUUUGCUUGAUUUUCUUAUCCUGUUUAAAUGAUUCUUUUCAUAUUGAAUGGGAGCUGAAAGUCAGGUCAUCCUGUUUUCGUCGCAAUCCAUUUUCCAGGUACCCCUCACACUGCAAUAGUCUUGUAGGUUUGAUCUGAUUUGAUAUAACUCAAAAAUGCAAGUGUUGAGGAGAAACAGACUUUUUCUAUCUGAAUGUGUCGUGAUGGUGAUAUGGUGUUAAGGGGAAAUAGUGUCUUGUUUUCAAGGAAACAAAAUACUUCAUUCUCAACUGAACUGCAAUGCAUCUGCUGGGGGAAGGCAAAUUAUUGAUUUUUCUCCUGCCUGAAUGUGUUGUGGUGAGAUGAGGCAUCUGAUUUUGUCCUCUGCACUGUGUUAUCAUUGUUUUUCAGGACUGUAAAUGUAGAGUAAGAGCGGCACUUAUAUCUGUUUAGCGUUUUUCUCUAAAACAAACCUCUAUUGCUUUGCAUCAUUCUAUCUCGGUGAGCUUCCUUCUUGUCCAUUGCAAUGUUGAUUAGGCCAGAUGCUCAGUUGAUGUGAUUACUUAUAUUGUAUUUGAAAUAGCACCAGUGAAAUAGCACAUGUUGCUCCAGCGUGGUUUACUUAUUUUAUCUUUGUUUUUUCAGUUUGCAUGCAUGGAUUUCGGCGAUGUACGAGGAACAUUUGGACUGAAUGCUCAUUGUUAUUAUUGAUUUCAGGCAUGAUUAUUUUGGUCUGUAAAGCAACCUCAAGGUGGAAUUCUUCCUUAUAUUUCUUUGCUUGUAUUUUGUUGCUGUCAAACUGUUUCUGCCUACAUUGCAGUUGGAGUUUGCCGUAAUGAUUAUCACUGAUAUUUCGACCAACAAAUACAAGAGGAAAAUAUUACCUGUUAGGCUAACUUCCUUUUCCCACGUGAGCUAGCUUCCUAUGUUAUGAUGUACAGUUUGAAUGCAUUGUUGCUUCAUUGGAUAACUCUUGCAUGGAUGACUUUAAUAAUGAUGUAGUGAUAAUAUAUGAAUGCAACAUUUAUCACCCGAGUGCGGCUGGAUGGUCUCA